UCAGGAAAUAUUGGUGCCAGAGUCACAGCAUCCACUCAUAUUCACCUCUGAGUGGCUGCACUGUGUCAAUAAAGAACGUGGCCACAAGAGAGAAGUUGGUGGAGGACUUGACACCUGUCUGGUCAGUACUUGUGAUGGUGUAGGACGACUACCGUGGAAGGAGGUUGUUUACCCAAAGUUCAUCCACGACCCAUCUGAAGAGCUAGGCCUGAUGGCAAACCAUGAUGAUCUGAAAUCCAGUUGCCUUUCCAGUGAAGGGGGAAGCAGCCUUGGGGUUUGGGGUGGCUCUUCAUCUGGAGAGCUGGACUCCUGGUCCUGGGAUGAGGAAGAAGAUGAUAGUCUACCACCAUAUGGCAUGGACCCUGUACUCAGACGAAGGCGCAGUGAAGAUGGGCUUGGGCGGACUGCGAGGCAAUCUCAGCUUGAUGGGGAUUAUGUAGAGCUUUUGGAACCCAGAGGGGGCCCUGAUGGAGGGGUUGACUCAAGACAGAGGUACCUAGAAAUGCAUGGGAUAUGUAAAACUAAGACUUUGCCUUUGUGCAGGAGAGGUAAAGCCAUCAGAAUUCGGAAAGGGAAGGCUUGGACUUCUGGGAAAACAGAAAGGUCAGGAAGCUUUCGAGCUAAUCGUGCCACCAAAGGCGAAGUAGUGGCUCCAAAGGAUGGUGUACCACCACCAAAGCCUCCAAGGGCAGCUAGAGAACUUGGCAAAGUGAGGAGAUCUUAUUCCUCCUCUGUCCAUGACUCAGAUGAAGGAGAUAAAAUAAGCAGAGGUUUAGAAGGACAAGAAGGCUACAACCUGUAUUUUGAUGGCCAGUUCAAGGAAAGAAGGCCAGGCGUGGGCAGGGAGAGGGACAGCAAUGGCUUCACACAACCAUCCAGAGAUGACCACAAAAGUAAAGACUCUCAGAGCAGUGACAGCUUGGUAACAAAUGAAAUAUUUGACUUAACAAACAACAAAGCUGAGUAUGUUGUUGAAGGUCAAUCAGAUCAUGGAUCACAUUCGGACUCUGUUUUUGAGGAUAAUGAUAAACCACUGAGUGGAGACAGCAAUGCUAUUACCCCAACAUUGGACACACCAGAGAGGCUCUUUACUGAAGUUUCAGAAACUGAAGGAGCUGCCAACAGUGAGUCUAUAAUGAAGAUUUCAUCAAAGCUGGAGGUCACAAAUGAAAGGGAUAAAGGAAAGAUGGAGGAAAGAUUGUGCCCCAGAGGAAAGGAAGUAAAAACUGCUGGAUUCAGAGCACCACGGAGGAAAAGGAAGGGAAAGGGGGGGAAAGGGAAGGGUAAGUCUGGUGGUCGUGGAAACCAGAAAGGAGCAAAACUGCAGAGUAAAACUCUCCAGCCAAGUCCCACGACCAACUCUGUUUCGACAAAGCUGUUACUAACUAAGGAACACCAGUCUAAACCAGCUGAAGAGGAUGACAAACUCAAUGGAGUGCCCACAGCAAGUAAAAGGAAAGAUGAUACAAGGAAUAGCAGCCCAGCAGAGACAGAGGUAGAAUCUUUGCCUAAAUGCAAUGACCAGUCUAGCACAUCUUUCUUAAACCACUCUACAGAGGAGGCUGGGUCACAAGGGACAUGUCCAGGCCAGAUAAACGGUGUUACCUCUAAAGAGCCUGCUCUUCUCAGGGAACUACAUGCAGAUCUGCUCAAGUCAGGGAAACUUCAGUUGACAGGUACAGUGGACAGGCUGGGACGUGCUCUGGUUUUCACAGAUGCAAAUGUAUCAGAUGAGGGUUUCUGUACAGAAGAGAUGGCCCGUAUUCUGGCUUGCUACCACAGAAUCACACGGGCCAAGUGGCUGAAUCUCACCACUAUUCCCACAAAAGAGAAGGAGGACCUCCUCGACACUCCCAUCACCCACGAGGUUUGUUUGGCUCAGAGGUCACCUCAAGAGGCAGGAGGAGAAGGAGAGAAACAAUGA